CCUUCCAUGGUCAAUAAUGAACAACGCCAACAUGCCGAGCACAUAUUCUUAUCAUUUAGGAAAUCAAAAUCACCAUUUGCUGUUUGCAAACACAUUUUGGAAACUAGUAAAGUGGACUAUGUCCUUUUUCAAGCUGCUACGGCGAUAAUGGAAGCAGUUGUAAGAGAAUGGAUUCUCUUGGAAAAAACUAGCAUCGAGUCACUGCGAACAUUCCUUCUAACCUAUGUCUUACAAAGGCCUAACCUUCAAAAGUACGUUCGGGAGCAGAUUCUAUUAGCAGUAGCGGUGAUAGUGAAACGGGGAUCAUUAGACAAAUCAAUCGACUGCAAAAGCAUUUUUCAUGAAGUCAGCCAGUUGAUCAGCAGCGGCAACCCCACUGUUCAAACUUUGGCCUGUUCCAUUUUAACGGCGUUGUUGAGCGAGUUCUCAAGUUCAAGUAAAACCAGCAACAUUGGACUAAGCAUGGAGUUCCAUGGUAACUGUAAACGUAUAUUUCAGGAGGACGAUCUGCGGCAGAUCUUCAUGCUCACAGUAGAGGUACUUCAGGAAUUCAGCAGACGGGAAAACCUCAAUGCUCAGAUGUCUUCAGUGUUUCAGCGUUAUCUUGCACUAGCCAAUCAGGUCUUAAGCUGGAACUUCCUUCCUCCAAAUUUGGGCAGACAUUAUAUAGCUAUGUUUGAAUCCUCACAAAAUGUGAUGCUAAAGCCAACAGAAUCCUGGCGUGAGACCCUCCUGGACAGCAGAGUUAUGGAGCUUUUCUUUACAGUACAUCGGAAAAUCCGAGAAGAUACAGAUAUGGCCCAAGAUUCAUUACAGUGUCUGGCACAGCUGGCGUCUUUGCACGGGCCGGUCUUUCCUGAUGAAGGUUCACAAGUUGAUUACCUGGCACACUUCAUUGAGGGAUUACUGAACACUAUCAAUGGAAUUGAAAUAGAAGACUCUGAAGCAGUGGGAAUUUCCAGUAUAAUCAGCAACCUGAUAACUGUAUUUCCUCGCAAUAUUUUAACUGCCAUUCCAAACGAACUUUUCUCUUCAUUUGUUAACUGCCUCGCACACCUCACUUGUUCUUUUGGAAGAAGUGCUGCCUUGGAAGAAGUGCUUGACAAAGAUGACAUGGUCUAUAUGGAAGCGUAUGAUAAGUUGCUGGAAUCUUGGCUUACUUUGGUACAAGAUGACAAACAUUUCCAUAAAGGUUUCUUUACCCAACAUGCUGUUCAGGUCUUCAAUUCCUACAUUCAGUGCCAUCUAGCUGCUCCUGAUGGUACAAGGAAUUUGACUGCCAAUGGUGUGGCCUCUCGGGAGGAAGAAGAGAUAAGUGAACUGCAGGAAGAUGACAGAGACCAGUUCUGUGACCAGUUGGCCAGCGUAGGCAUGCUGGGGAGAAUUGCUGCGGAACACUGUAUACCUCUUCUUACAAGUUUAUUAGAAGACCGAGUGACAAGGCUCCAUGGUCAGUUGCAAAGACAUCAGCAGCAGUUACUUGCCUCACCAGCAUCAGGCUCAAUUGACAAUAAAGUGCUUGAUGACCUGUACGAGGAUAUUCAUUGGCUUAUUUUAGUCACAGGCUACCUCUUGGCUAAUGAUACUCAGGGAGAGACUCCGCUAAUACCUCCAGAAGUAAUGGAAUACUCCAUUAAACAUUCAGCUGAGGUUGACAUCAACACAACACUUCAGAUUCUGGGAUCGCCAGGAGAAAAGGCCUCUUCCAUCCCAGGGUACAACAGAACUGAUUCUGUAAUUAGGUUGUUAUCUGCUAUUUUAAGAGUGUCAGAAGUAGAAUCUAGAGCAAUAAGGGCAAAUCUAACGCAUCUCCUGAGCCCCCAGAUGGGGAAAGAUAUUGUGUGGUUCCUCAAGCGCUGGGCAAAGACUUACCUCCUAGUAGAUGAAAAGCUGUAUGAUCAGAUAAGUCUGCCAUUUAGUACAGCAUUUGGUGCUGAUACAGAGGGUUCCCAGUGGAUUGUGGGUUACCUUUUAGAAAAAGUGAUCAGUAACCUGGCAGUGUGGAGUUCAGAGCAGGACCUUGCAAAUGAUACUGUACAACUGCUAGUAACAUUAGUGGAAAGGAGAGAGCGGGCAAACUUAGUUAUUCAGUGUGAAAACUGGUGGAAUUUAGCUAAACAGUUUGCAAGGCGAAGUCCUCCUCUUCACUAUUUGUCCAGUUCUGUGCAGAGAACACUAAUGAAAGCUUUAGUUUUAGGAGGUUUUGCUCAUAUGGAUACGGAAACAAAGCAACAAUACUGGACAGAGGUUCUUCAGCCACUUCAGCAGCGGUUCUUGAAUGUGAUAAACCAAGAAAACUUUCAGCAGAUCUGUCAGGAGGAGGAAGUGAAACAGGAAAUCACUGCUACAUUAGAAGCACUCUGUGGCAUUGCUGAGGCUACCCAGAUUGAUAACGUAGCAAUUCUCUUCAAUUUCCUAAUGGACUUCCUGAAUAAUUGCAUCGGAUUAAUGGAAGUAUACAAAAACACACCAGAGACUGUUAAUCUCAUAAUAGAAGUCUUUGUUGAAGUUGCACAUAAACAGAUUUGCUAUCUUGGAGAGGCCAAAGCCAUGAACUUGUACGAGGCCUGCCUCACUCUGCUCCAGGUGUAUUCCAAGAAUAAUCUAGGUCGACAACGGAUAGAUGUUACAGCAGAAGAAGACCAGUACCAGGAUCUCCUUCUUAUUAUGGAGCUUCUCACUAAUCUUCUAUCAAAAGAAUUCAUAGAUUUCAGUGACACAGAUGAAGUAUUUAGAGGACAUGAGCCUGGGCAAGCUACAAAUAGAUCUGUAUCAGCAGCAGAUGUUGUCUUAUAUGGGGUUAAUCUAGUUCUGCCUCUAAUGUCCCAGGAUCUGCUGAAGUUUCCAUCCCUGUGUAAUCAAUAUUACAAAUUAAUCACUUUCAUCUGUGAGAUAUUCCCUGAGAAAAUUCCACAACUUCCAGAGGACCUCUUUAAGAGCCUCAUGUACUCACUGGAGUUAGGGAUGUCAUCAAUGAGUUCAGAGGUUUGCCAGCUCUGCCUGGAGGCGGUAACCCCGUUAGCAGAACAGUGUGCAAAAGCACAAGAAACAGAUUCAACCCUUUUCCUAGCAACAAGGCACUUUCUUAAGAUGGUCUUUGAUAUGCUGGUACUUCAGAAGCACAACACAGAAAUGACGACUGCGGCAGGUGAAGCGUUCUACACUUUAGUGUGUUUGCAUCAGGCUGAAUAUUCAGAGCUAGUUGAAACAUUGCUAUCAACUCAACAAGAUCCAGUAAUUUACCAGCGGUUAGCAGAUGCCUUCAACAAGCUUACUGCAAGCAGCACUCCUCCUACACUGGACCGUAAGCAGAAGAUGGCCUUCUUAAAGAGUUUAGAAGAAUUUAUGGCAAAUGUCGGUGGACUUCUCUGUGUAAAAUAAACAACAAAACUCUAUGCCUAAUUUAGACCCUUUCUGCAAAAUGCACUGAGAAAUGCUGAAUGCUGACUAAAUCUUGUACCUGUCUCUGGGUUCUUUGCAGCCAUCUCAGAUUCUAGAGAGCCUGGAAGUUUGAACAUAACACAAUGGAAUAGGAGAGGUCAACUUUGAAUCAGCUUCUGCUAUUACAUGUUAGCUGCAAUCUGUCAUACUUGUGUGUGGGAGAGAAUGAACAGAAAAAUCGAAUUUAAAUUUUUUCCAUAUAUGUGCAAACAGAUAUGGGCACAAUGAAAAAUAAAUUCAGUGCCUUCCCCCCCCACCCCCACUGGUUUAAAAUAUGAGUGGCCAGAUAAACAUACAGAUUUCUUUUCUACCCAAAAUCAUGUUAGAGUGUGAUGCAGAUACGUACGAAGCUCUAAACAGUUUAGCUGGUUUUAAGCUUUAUUUUUCCUCUCUUAAAGUUUGAGUUUGUGUUCCAAUGGGGAAGAAAAACCAAAUGGUAUUUUAACUUGUGUUUUGUUCUGGUUUUCUACAUCAACCUGACGUUGCAUGUUUAAUGCAGUGCAGGUCUUUACAUUAUGUUCUGCUGCCUAAAGUUCAGAAGAAAAAAGGUGUAUAUUUUUGUUCCCCGAAAAUGAACUUUAGGAACUGUAGCCAUUUCAUUGCCUUAAUUUAAAAGAAAAAAAAAAAGCUCAUAUACUUUAGAUAAGAAAUUUAAGGCAAGGUUUGACUCUUCAGAGUUGGUUUAGGAUGUUGGCAUUAAGCUGCUGUGUACCUGUUACAGCCCUUCAUGUUGACGUGUCAUUUUGGAAUGAGUGUCUAAUGCAAGGUUCACGUGUAGUUUUACUUUCAGUAUCUGUUUUGAUUCAUACCCAAGUUGCACGCAACUGCAAUGUAUUUCUACACUGAACUGUUUGCUUAAGCAAUAACAACUCAAAAGGUGUAAAUUACUGGCAAACUUGUUAAAGUUGGGGCAUUAGCUAAAACAAUUAUGCUAGAACAGGGGCAUCAAACCCUGUUACUCAAGGGCCGUAUUUGUUUGACUUGAGUGGAGAAAGGUAAUUGGGAUGCGUAGUGCCGCGGGGGAUUUUUGAUUGUGCUGAAUGUAGCUCCGCUUCUGCAGAGCCCUCCCAGCUGCUCUGCUCUUGCUCGGUGUUUGAUAUCAGCACUUUAGCUAUUGCAACAGCAGAUUAUAGUGCCCUGAGUAUAGUGGACCAACAAGGGAGAGCAGCACAUGAACACAAAAGCAAGGCCUGCUUUGUCUCCAGCUGUGAGCCGGGGAAAACUGAAGCAAACACAAAUGCUGCACGUCUAGUAAAAUCGAUUUUAACGGACAUACACGGAGGCAGAAGUGGGCCCUUUUGUUUAAGACCUCUGCUAGAUUAUCCUGUUGAAUAUUUCCCAUGUGUUUUUAAAAUCCAUAUAAAAUGUACAGUAUACACCUUUACAUGGCUAUGUAUAGCAUCAUGUUUGCAACUCUGUGCCAUCCUUCAGCUAUUCAUCUCAAAAUUAGUCACAAUAGCCAGAAUUUUUAGAAUACACAAAUCUGUAAUACUGUGCUAUAAGUGACCUAAGGCUCUGUUAUUUUUUAGUUAAAUCCAUACCUGUCUCAAGCAUGGAUCCACAAGGCCAAAAAUGACAUCUCUUCAUUAUACUUUUUUAAUUUAUGUGAAAACUGGGAUAGGGCAGAUUUACACAUUAAAAAGUGUCUAUAAAACUUGUGAGAUGACGUACCUUCCCAGCUAGUAUUUUAUUUCUAAGAUAAUUUGCAUAGUAUUUUAGAACAGGGGUAUUGCUCUCAAUUUUUUCUUUAAACUGUAAUGCAUUUCUUUAAAAGAUUUCUUGACUGUGCACUUGCACAAAAGAUAAUGAUCCUGGCAGAUCCUUCUGUUUUAAAACUGUUCUGAUGGCUGAUUUUUUUAAGUUUGUCUGGGUUUUGCUAUGUUUUUGAAACUGCUUCUGGAGUUUCUCUGAGCUUGCACAUUGGAUAGGACAGCAGUUCUGAAACCUCAUUUUUUCAGGUGAAGGGCAUUAAAGCCUGGGAACAUAAGUGGCAGUAGGAGCUGCUGGUUUGUCAUGAUGUGCUCGAUGUCAAGUAUCUAGGUCAAAGUCUGCAAAGAGAUUGUAGCAAACACCUUCAAGUUUUUUGGAUCUCACUGAAAAACUCAUAUUCUUAGUCAUCAUUUCAUUGAUAACUAGCUCUGUCACUGUCAUUUUUUAAAUCCUAAAGCUGGCUCACUAUUUAAAAAUAUUUAUUAACUUUGACAUUUUGAAAUCCUCUUGAAUAUUUUGAUUGAUAAAUGGGAGCACAAACUGAGACAGUAUUUGGUACAAAGUAACGUGCAUACCCAUUACUCUUCUAAUCAGGCCCCCUGUGUUGUAACACGCAGAGACGCGCAGCAUCUUUUGACUAUUAAGACUUGCUAAAGUAUGAACAGUUACUUUCAAAGACUACUUUUGAAGGUUGCUUGAAACUUUCCUUUGCUAUUCAUUUAAAAUUAAUAUUAUAUGUUUAAGGGAAACUGUCCUUGUAAGGGAUUUUUUUUUUUUAAAUUUUGCUUGAUGUUAUGCUAGGCAACAUUCUUCCUUUCUUGUUUCUUAAUUUUUUCUUCCAUUCUCCCAACAGGGAUCUUUUCAUGCCAUUUUAUGUUUCUUUUAGAGCAAAUGCUAAGAUGUCUCUGCUUAGUGACUUGUAUGAAAUCGUUGCAAAACGUUCUGGGAAUAAGUUUUGUUAAUUCAUACUCCUGCUGGCUAGGUGGCUGCUUCCACCUAAACUAUUUGGCUUCUAUAUGCCUUCCAAAAAAAAAAAAAAUCUUUCAGUGAUCUUCUGCACAUCCAGUUGCUGUAAAUUUAAAUGCAAAAGCUCACUCAAGUCCAUAGGAAAGGCUCAUAGACAAUUUUCAGUGAACAUUGAGAGUUGGCUCCACAUAAGUGUUCUGAAAUUUUUAUAGCAUCACUGCAUUGAUUUUCCGUUCACUGUGCAAAGUGAAUAAUGGUUCUAAAAAUGCAACUCAAAGUGAAUUACAAAUGCUGCAUGGUGUAAUUGUAAGAAAUACAUUUGUCUAAAUUUUUUUUUUUGCUAAAACAGAGUAUUGCUCCAGUGUUUUCAUUCUGAGACUAGAAAUCAAGUAGCUUCUUUCCCCUUUUUCCAGCUCCUUCCCCAUUGUAAUAGCUAGUUCUAAUGCUGGCAUGAUAAUUUUCUGUUGUUCAACCUCCCAUUUUCGAUGCUGGCGAGCACAACCAUCUAGUUGGGUCAUGAAAUCCAAGACCACCUUGAAAGCACAGAUUCACAUGGACAGGGAGAAGUGGACAACUGCUAAAUGAAACUUCCACUUUCAUGUGCAUUAUGCCUUAAUUACCUUCACUGAAUUACCGCCGGAAUCUGCUACUUAUUGCCCAGAGGUUUGUGUUCCACUGUUUAGUGAUGAAGGGCUCUCAGUUUUACUCAGGAAUGAGAAACUUGUUUUCUCAGCAUGUCUAAGUCCUAGUAGUUGGAAGAGAGGGGUUGAAUCAGAGUCAUCUCUUCAAUAGUGUGUAGCACUCACUAAAGCCCCAGUGUUUACCUGGGUAAACCCCCUUAUAUCUAAGCCAUGUAGUUCUAGGAAAUAAGGUCACUUAGAGCAGUCAGUUGUCUGCUGACUGCAUUUAGAGUCUAAUUGUUUAAAAGGUGAAGCAAAUUCUAAUUUGUGAUCUGCAAAAUUAUUAAAAAGUACAAAUUGCAGCGUUUAUCUUGUAAAACACUUCAAGUAAUUUCAGUUUUGGUUAAAUAAUUACAUAAGAAGGGGUGUUUUUUAUGGAAGUAGCUUGAUGAAUAUAAGCGCAGGAGUAGGAGCCAGGCUCCUCUAAUUUUGUAUCAGUUUUUCCACUGGAUCCUCUGUGGCCAUUGGCAAGUGGCUGGAACUGUGUCAUUGUUAAUACAGCAGUAAUACCUACCUCACAGGGAUGUUGUGAGGAUCAGCUUAUGCCUAUAAAAUGCAUUGAGGAUCUGAGAUGCUAUGUAAAUAUUAAAUAUUUUAAUUUUAGUUGGGGUGUAAGAUUUACUGUAAUGAAAACAGAAGAUUUUCAUAAUUGCAGAGCCCAGUAGAGGCAGCAGUGGUGCAGUGUUCCCCAAGAACUGGUCUGUAACGCUUGCUGUAAAUUGUAGUUACUUCAAUUGCAGCCAAUUGAAAUGGUGGCUGCUUCUUAACCAAGAUAAGAUUCCCCACCAGUGUGCCUCAGUUCUGCUCUAAAUAGCAGGAGGACAGUUGCUAGUUAUUCAGGCUUUGGUGCCUCUACUUGUAAAGGGCGCCACUUGUGGUGGUAGGGGUUUUCAUUUGGUUUUUUUACACUUUUCUGCAAGGAACAAACACGACUCAUUUUUUCCCGUAUCUGUUCCAGUCACUCAGUACAACCAAAGCCUAAUGAUAUAAAACUUAGAGCCAGCCCCGCCCACUCCCCCCAAAUUUGUUUUUAAUAUUAAUAGAUUGUGCCCUCUUUGCAGUAAAUGAGAUUAAUGCUUUCCAGCACAAACCAUGAAACAAAUCAUGAAGUGUCAUUUGCUCUGGAGCCUUAAGCUCUCAGCUGUCUUUCAAAACCCUUUUUUCAAUAUGAAAUUCUUGGGGCUCUACCAACUGAGAAAUAAGAUAUCCCUGGUAUUGCCUUCUCCUCAGUAAAUUACUGUAAAUGCUGCUUUUUCAUUUCUUCCCUUUCCCUAUCCUGCUUUUCCUGUUCUUUUAAGCCAUUCUUAGAAAAGAUUUGGGAGACCCUUCCAACCUCAAGAGAAAGAUACUACCCACGUGAUUUUUCCAGUCUGUUACCGCUUGAUACUUGAAAUUGAUAAAAUAAUUUCUAAUAGCAUUCCCCAGCACGUUUCAAUUUCCCAUUGAACCAUUCUAGAGUUUAUAAUUAGGAAAAAAUACUACCCUCUUUUAUUUGUUCCCUUUGUGCAAAAUAAGGAACCUCCAUGCAGUGAACAUGCAGUUUUAAGGCAAUAAAUGCUAGUACUGCUGUUGGUCAAGUGUGUAAAUAUUUUAAAUGUAUAAUUCAGUACUAUGUUGAGUUUAUAUAUUAAAAAUGCAGGGAUUGAAGUGCUAGUUGAUUUCAAGUAUUGUUUUACCUGUACAGUUGAAGAUACAAAGUUGCAUAAAAUACUUCACAAUUUGUUGCAAUAAGACUUGGGAAAUGGAAGUGGCUGUGUAAUCAAGCCUUAUCACAACUGAAUUUUCAAUUUUGAAAUGAACACUUUCUGUAUUAUGAAGAUCCAUAAGCAGGAGGAGGAUAAAAUUGUUUUCCACUAAAGACUUUUAUUAUUUUGUUUUGGCCAUGUGUGAUUUGUGUGUAUUCUUGUUUAAUAUUUUUCUAAAAUCUCACCGCUGUUGAAUCCCUGAAAUAGCAUUUGUUCUAUCUCCUUACAGUAUAAACAAAAAUAGGAACAUUAUGGAACUUCAGGCUACAUGUUGUGCUCUUUGGCUAGUUAUGAAUGCAUGUAGUCAUUCAGUGAAAGCUGAUGAAGUAACUUUAGUUUACAUUGGCACUUAAGGCAUGAGUGUGUCCAUCAACAGAAAAGAAAAAAAAAACCAAUGAGAUCAGGUGUGUGACAGGAGUAUCUCACACUGGACUGCAAUUACCAAAAGUAGCUGUGAAUCAUAGAAUGGUUUGGGUUGGAAGGGACCUUAAAGAUCAUCUAGUUCCAACCCCCCUGCCAUGGGCAGGGACACCUCCCACUAGAGCAGGUUGCCCAAAGCCCUAAUAUAUAUUCAAAUAAAUCUUUUCCCCCAUGCUCCAAAAAAAAAACCUUAAUGAUGACUUUUCAGGUCACUGUUAUUGGUGGUGUUUGUCUACCCAGAAGCAACACUGAUUUCUGGGUCUUGAAAUUUUUUUUUGUGUAGAUUUAAUCUAAAUAGUUUCUGAUGAUACCUGGCACAGAAAUGUUCUCCAAGCCCAUAAUCUGUUCCCAUGUACAGGACAUCCAUCAGUAUGUUACUUUGUUACUUCAUAUGUAUCAGAAAAGUUCAGUUAAAGGCAGCAGUUCCUAAUGUACUAUAAUUACUUUUGGAUAAGCUACAGCUAUUUUCUAUUGUUCGCCUCUUACUUUCAUGCGCUCACAUCUUUAAAAAAAAAAAAAGCUUCACAAAUCCUGAAAGUAAAACUACGCAACAACUAUGGCGGUGACAGCUUGCUAUACAUCUUGGCCAUAUGCGUCACUAGAAUUUUACUGGUUUCAGAGGUAAAAUUAUUGCAAUUAUAUAUUUAUUUUGGCCUGAUUUAGUUCAGUGAGCAUUUUGGAGAAGGACAGAAACAUUUAAGGUAAUUCUGAGCAAAUCCCUAAAAGUAGCUGGUUAGAUUAACAGCAGCGUAUCCAAGAGCCUUUCGUGUAGAAAAUGGAACUAUUCUGCUUUACCUUAAAUAUGAGGUCUGGAAUAAACUUGAAUGAUUUGGGUAUGAAGUCUUUAUUCACACUUGUUUGUGUAAGUGUAUGCAAAACCUAUUGAUUUUGCUUUUAUGAAACUUACAUUUGCUUCAGUCCUGAGUGGUGGGGUUGGUGGUGGGCUGUUUGGCUUCAUUGAUUUGCCACGUAUCACAAGCAGAAAGGUAGGAAAGCUCAUCCUUCCAAGUGGAAUUCAUCUGGCAGGUCAACUGAGGAGGUGGUCAUGUAUGAACUGGAAGAGGGGAGGAGGAGGAGGGGGGAGAAAGUAAAAAGUUUGCAACCUUAUGUGGAGAAAAAAAAAAAGCCAAUAUGUAAGAGGAAAAAUCCAUAACGGAAGUAUUAUCCCAUAACUUGAUAAUCUGUGUCAUCCUGACAGGGAUUAGUAAAAACCUGCCAUUUCAUCAGCACAUUUUUUGGGGGGAAAAGAGAAAGUUCUAAUUUGGAAUUGUAUGAAAUGUGAUACUACUGGUGCGAGUUUUGUUAAUUAAAUAAUAAAUUCUUCUUUAUUUGGGGAAACAUUCCAGAGCUCUCCAUCUCCAGAGAGAACACAAGUUACCCCCUGUGACUGAUACAUAACUCAUUACUAGUUUUUCUCCCAUCUAUAUCUGAAUGUGGUGGAACAACUGUUUUCACUUUAACAUCCAUGAGAAGUUUUCGGAUUUGAUUUUUCUGACACUCUGUUGCCUUUGCAAGUUAGAGUAAGGCAGAGCUUUGGGUGUGAAGUAGUUCCCUUUUUCUACCCCUCUGUGUCUGGCCUAGUGUUUGUGGUUGCAAAGGUGUGAAUGUCUGAUUUGCUUUAACUUACUGUUUUGGAUGAUGCAGUUUGGGUUUGUGGCGUAUUCCAACAGCUUCCGUUCUCUGUGUUUGGUGUUCACUGAAUGAAAGUCAUCACUAGACUCCAACACAAGUAUUGACUUGAAAGCCUCACUUGUAAGUUGGUUUAAUAAGUUGUCAGGACACUUGCUUUAAAUUGUAGGACUGCACCAAAACUUCUAAUGGUCUUUUGCUCAUUCAAAUGAUUGUUGUAACUCAGAAAAAAAAAAAAAAAACCCAAAGCCAAAAGCCACCACCACCACACUGUGGAGUCUUUAGGAAGAUCACUGAUGUCCUCACACAA